GUUAUGCCCUGACCAUGUAAUCAGCCAUUCAACGAUUAUGAGGCCUCUAAUCGCUUCAAUUCUCUUACUAUCCGUCGCAACAUCAUCUUCGCAAGCAUGUCCAGCACGCUGUGAGUGUAAAACGGAGAUCGUCGACGAUCUGCUCGAUCCAUUCGUAGACUGCAGCUUCAGAGGCUUCACAUCCAUUCCAGAAAACAUUCCUGACAACACGACACAUCUUGAUCUGAGGGGUAACUCAUUUCACUAUAUUCCGUAUGCGGCAUUUGCAACACUAAGGCAGCUGGUUUUCUUAGAUUUGACGAGUAGUAAUAUCCGGUUUAUAUCAAGUGGAGCGUUUACUAAUCUAACGAAGCUUGAAAUAUUACGACUCUACUACAACAGAAUCAGCAGAUUAGAAUCAGCAAGUCUGUCAGGACUGCCAUCCCUCAAACGACUGGAGGCGUAUGAUGCAGAAAUCUCUGAAUUGGGCUCAAGUGUGUUUAGACAUCUUGAUUCUAUUGAGGAUAUAGAUUUGAGUCACAACCAAAUAGCGACCGUUCACAGCCAUACAUUUCUAAAUCUACCUGCUCUGAGAAAAGUGUCAUUAAGACGCAAUAGAAUAUCAUCAAUCGGAGUGGCAGCCUUUAUGGGUCUCCACAACUUCACCUACCUUCACUUGUCAAACAACCAGCUCAAGUACAUUCAAGAGGGAACGUUUAUUGAUGCACCCAACUUGAACACUGUCUACUUGUUUGACAAUCUGAUUGUGUGUGAUUGUGGUGCAACGUGGCUGUUUGAGUUUUUGAGGAAUCGGUGGUUGGACACAGUGUACUGUGCAGCGCCUUCGUAUUUGGUUGGGAAGAAGUUGGGAAAUAUGACGAAGCAUGAGUUUUGCGGCGCUCCCGAGUUCUACGUCCAGCCGAUGCCGACAAUGUACGCUCAAGCAGGUCAGAUUGUCACUCUCACAUGUGGCGCAAUCGGCACUCCUCGGCCACACAUAUUCUGGUCGUUCGAAAAGACACCGAUCAUGGGAAGCUACAGACACUCGGUCACAGACCACGGCGACCUCGUCAUCUCAGACUCAAUGUAUACAGACGCAGGUACAUACCACUGCACGGCGACCAGCGAUGCAGGCGCAAUAGCUGCAUCUGCUGAGUUGAUCAUUGGUGAUCGGCCACACUUCAAUGAGUCUUUCUCUGGGGAUAUCGGACGUGUGGGUGAGGCUGGAGUCGAUGUGGGUGGCACUGCUGUCUUGCAUUGUCCUCUGAAGGCGGAUCCGGCUCCAAACUUUGUUUGGUCAUUUGGUGGUGAUUUGGUUGAUGUGACGAGUGGAAGGUUUGUUGUGAUGGACGAUGGGAGUUUGGUUGUUGUGGAUGUGAGGGGCAGUGAUUUGGGUCGGUACACGUGUAUGGCGAUGAACUCGAUUGGGACGGCUGUUUAUGUGAUUGAUUUGAUUGAGUUUGAGCAACCAACGGUCCAAACGACACUGCAUAGCCAAACAGCCACACCCGGAGCAAACGUCAACCUUCACUGCAUCAUCGACGGUUACCCACCCUUAUCAUUCCAUUGGUAUCACAACAAUACACUCAUUGUCCACGACGGUGUAGUGAUCCUUCCAGAGUCGACCACAGAACCACCAGUUGGAAGGAAUUUGAGUAAUGAUACCCAGACUUCUAGGAUGGAGGGCAGUGGAGUGGAUAUUCCCACAUUAACGACUCUAGAGCCGUCUGUGUUGCUUGCUGGGUUGAGAAGCGAGUUCAACGGGAUGGUUUUGACGAUUUUUAAUGCGUCGGUGAGUGACAGUGGGAGGUAUGAAUGUCGGGGAAUGAAUUCGUUGGGAUCGGCACAAUCAUCUGCGUAUGUGUUGAUAGGAGACGCUGGCAAACCUUCUGUCGUUGUUUAUCCGCAGCAGCUUACCGUUACUUCCGGGUUCUCGGCAUCUCUCUAUUGCAACGCAUCAGGGUUUCCUCAACCCACAGUUCGAUGGACGUUCAACGGCGAGACAAUCAGUAGAGACAGCAGUCACACGGUGGUGUUGCCCGACAACAGUCUGGUCAUCACCAGUGUUGAGCUGUCUGACAGUGGCUCUUACAGAUGCCACGCAGAGAACGUGGGCGGACGUGUUAGUGCUGCCAUUCAGCUGGUCGUUCAAAACCCUCCCACGUUUCUGCAAUUGUCUAACGACACGUCGGCUAUGGGUUGGUCUACUGUUCUUCUCCAGUGUACCAUCGACAGGACAGUCAAGCCCCCCAUAACCUUGUGGUGGUAUUUCAACGGCCAGCGUUUAUCCAAUGAGACGCACCCGCGACAUCAUGCACUUGCUGAUGGUCGCUUGGUUAUUGACGAAGUGGAGGCGUCCGAUGCGGGCUUGUAUACUUGUCGCGCGGAGAACAGCGCUGGAGCUAUUUCCAACAGUAUUGUGCUUGACGUUUACAUGCCUGUUAAGAUCUCACAAGGUCCGUCGGCGUCAGCAGCGUUGAUUGGCUCCGCUGCCGUCUUCAGAUGUGAGGCGAACGGGUCGCCACCGCCGACGUAUGGUUGGAGAAUCAAUGGCGCUCUAGUCGAGGACAUUCCCAAGCGAUACGAGACACGCGGAAACAUGCUGAUUAUUAGCGACGUGAAGAGGUCCGACGAGGGCGUGGUGACGUGUGUGGCGUCCAAUGGUAAUCAGUCAAUGAGGGCCGACGCAAGAUUGGAUGUGCUGGUUGCGCCCUUUAGUGUUCAAGCGGUUAGCGAUGUCGCUGAGACUAAGGGAAGGACAGCGAAACUUGCCUGUGCUGUAGAUGGAAGUCCCAAACCGGAGGUUACAUGGAAGAAAGAUGGCAGAAACCUUACUUCAGAUGUCCGAUACAGAAUUUCGGCCGGCGUCUCUUCUGUUCUUGCAAUCGACCGUCUGAAACUCGCAGACAGUGGCAGGUAUACGUGCGUCGCCACUAGUCCGUUGGGUUCUGUGUCGUCGUCGGCAAAUCUUCAAGUUUAUGAAUUGCCCAUUUCUAGAGUGGACCUGUAUACGCAGCAAACAAGACGCAUCCGUGGUUCCGUCACUUUUCCUUGCGAUGCCACCGGCGUACCCCCUCCGCGGAUCAUCUGGUUAACAGAGAGCGGCGGCCCUUUACCCGACAAUAUUCGCUACUCCGUGUCGAAAGAAGGCUCGCUCAUCAUACUCGAUUUGCAGCUCCAGGACGCAGGAGAGUUCGUCUGUCGAGCGGAAAACGCAGCUGGGUACAUAAACGCAACGUAUGCUACACUGCAAGUGGAUGAUCCAACUUCUCCGCCUCGGAUUACCGUUUGCCCUCGCGCACGAACGGCCAGGCUAGGUCAAGAGGCAGUAUUUGAAUGCUUUGCUGUGGGUCACCCAAUGCCCACUAUUCGCUGGUUAUUCAAUGGUGAGAAUGUUACGAGCGGAAAAGGCGGAUUUAAUGUGUCUUCGGACGGUACGUUGAGGAUUGAUGUGAAGAGGAGACAUGGAGGGGAGAUGACGUGUGUGGCUGAGAACAAGUUGGGAGUCGACAUGUUUAGCACGAGUCUGACUGUUUUUGUUGCUCCCACGUUCACAGCAAAGCCUCUCGACAGUCGCCAGGCCAAUGGACGCGACGUUCUUUUGCAUUGCGGUGCUGAAGGCUGGUCAACACCGCGGAUUUCAUGGGCUAAACUUCCAAACAAUAAUCUCCCGUUUGAUCAAAUGCGUCAUUUUAUAUUGCAAAACGGCAGCUUGAUGAUCACAAAUGUGAGAAAAUCCGAUGAAGGAUCAUACGUCUGUUCGGCUGUCAAUGCUCUUGGUACCGUCAAGAGUACUGCCAGACUGUUGGUUGAAGGUGAGACGGUUUCAACUGACGAGGUGUUGAUGGAAUGGACGAGGCUCCCCGAAAAUGUAACAAUCAGGGAAGGACGCACGGCCGUUUUUCACUGCCAAGUGAGAAGCAACCCUCCAGCCACGUACUCGUGGUCUUACAACGGCAGUCGCAUAGACGGAGAGAUGGAAAGACAAUUUGUGACAUUGAACGGAUCACUGGUGAUUGGAGAUGUUGAUUACUUGGUAGAGGGAGCUUACACUUGUGUAGCGUCGGAUGGGAAUACUUCUCUGCAACAGACGGUUUAUUUGAAGACUUUGGUUGCUCCUGACAUCUUCUCCUCACCCAAGUCACUAGCUCUACCGUGGACGUACUUUAACGGUACCGUCGAUUCCGCCUCGUUCUCCUGCCAAGCAUCAGGAUUUCCUCUGCCAACGAUCUACUGGACGAAAGACAAUCGUCGUUUGGUCGGCGAACGCUUCCAAGUAUCACGACGAGGCCGUCUCACUAUCCAACCGUUGAGAUUCGAGGACGGCGGAGAGUAUACGUGUAUAGCUACGAGCUCUGCUGGAUCCGCAAGGAAAUCGGCUACUCUACUCAUACAAGACAAUCGUCCUCGUGACUUCUGCAAUCCGACGUCCAUUCUCCACCACGUCCGCUACAGGGACUGCCGCACGGAAACGGAAGUGAAAAACAGCCGAUGCGAAGGUCACUGCUUCUCGCAAGAAUACCCGGAUGUGAUCAGGCCCAGUACGGAACGGAAGUACUGCUGUCGAGUGGAAAAAACGCGCAUGCGCAAUGUCAACCUUUUAUGUCCGGACGGCUCCAGGUUGGAAGUCUUUUCACCGGAAGUGACGAGAUGUCGGUGUGCCAUCUGCAUGGGAGCGCAAAACGUCGUUCUCCCGGAAAACGAAUACAGGAAGUAGCGAGUGACACGUCGACUGCCUUCUUUGUUUCUCUUUGUAUUUUCUUGAUUGUUAUUAUUGACAAACCGAAAGCGCAAUUUUGUGCUCCUUGUUCGGGAGGAUGUGCCCUCGGUAAGGAGGUCACAAGCAAUCCGGACUGCGAGGCAGGCGCGCAUUGAUCACGUGACCUCUUUGUUUUCAUACUUGGCAAUGUAGACCACCUACUGAGUAACUAUGAGGCUUCUGAUUGCGUCA